GAGUAACUUGCCGAAGGGAGGGGGAAGAAGCCCCACAGCCCAGGCCAUUCCACCAUACCAGGCAGGGCGAUGAAGCAAGAAGAAAUCUCUCCCGGGUGUUCUCCGCUUUGAAAUUGGCAUUUGUGUUGGGUGCCUCAUCAAAGGGUGCUGUUCAUUGCAGAGAAUCGCCUGAACGUUCAGCUCCAUCCAGCCUCCUCUCCUCGGGGUCCUUGCCCUGUCUCUUGCGCUGCCGCCGCCAGAGAAAUCUGACUUAGCCGAAAAAUCAGGAGCUCCUCAUCGCCGGGGCGAAGGAGGGGACCGAGACGGGGAUGCUCAGUGGUUCCUUUUCCUUCUCCUGCCCCUUCCUCUUAACGUCCGCUUAGGGGACCUUCCCUUGAAGAGCCGAGCUCCGGAUUUCAUCCCUGUUAAGAUGCACUCUCUUUUGGAUGCUGCUGCGCUGAAUGUGUAAGGACCGGGUGAGACAUGUCACAGAUGUUGCACAUUGAGAUCCCCAACUUCGGGAACACCGUCCUGGGCUCCCUGAACGAACAGAGGCUGCUGGGACUGUACUGCGAUGUCUCCAUCGUUGUCAAGGGACAGGCGUUCAAGGCCCACCGAGCGGUGCUGGCUGCCAGCAGUUUGUAUUUCAGAGACUUGUUCAGCGGGAAUAGCAAAAGCGCCUUUGAGCUGCCCAGCUCGGUCCCGGCCACUUGCUUCCAGCAAAUCCUUUCCUUCUGCUACACCGGGAAGCUGACCAUGGCGGCCAGCGAGCAGCUGGUGGUGAUGUACACGGCGGGCUUCCUGCAGAUUCAGCACAUCGUGGAGAAGGGGACCGACCUCAUGUUCAAAGUGAGUUCGCCCCACUGUGACUCUCAGACAGCCAUGAUCGAGGAGGCUGGCUCGGAGCCGCAGAGCCCGUGCAACCCCUUGCAGACGGCGUCCAUGCCUUACGUCAUGUCCCCCUCGGUGCCCAUUCCGCUACUCACCCGGGUCAAGCACGAGACCCUGGAGCAGCAGACGCCGCUGGCAGGGCUGCCAGCCAAGAGGUCCUUAGAGGGCGGCCUGCGAGACACGGUGACGGGAGGCGCCUCGGGCACCACGGCAGUGAAGCUGUCCCGCGUCUCCUACUACGGGGUGCCCAGCCUCGCCCCCCUCGUCUCCAGCAUCCCACAGGCUCCGUAUGUCCAGGGAGAGCGGACAAGCCCUGGGGCCAGCAGCAUUCCCACUACGGACAGCCCCACGUCCUACCACAACGAAGAGGACGAGGAGGAUGACGAAGCCUACGACACCAUGACGGAAGAGCAGUAUGGGCAGAUGUACAUCAAAUCUACCGGUGGCUACGCAGGGCCUCCAGAGAAGCCAGAGCAAAUCCCCGUGGAGAGCCGUUCCUGCGUCCUGAUCCGGCGCGAUUUGGUAGCUCUUCCGGCGAGUCUGAUUAGCCAGAUUGGGUACCGCUGCCAUCCAAAGCUGUACUCGGAAGGCGAUCCUGGAGAAAAACUUGAACUUGUUGCAGGUUCUGGGGUUUAUAUCACCAGAGGACAGCUCAUGAACUGUCACCUAUGCGCAGGUGUGAAACACAAAGUCCUCCUUCGACGCCUCCUGGCAACAUUCUUCGACAGGAACACCCUGGCCAACAGCUGUGGAACAGGAAUUCGGUCUUCCACCAGUGACCCCAGCCGGAAACCCCUUGAGAGCCGGGUGCUUAACGCUGUGAAAUUGUACUGUCAGAAUUUCGCCCCAAGCUUCAAGGAGAGCGAGAUGAAUGUCAUCGCGGCCGACAUGUGUACGAACGCCCGUCGGGUGCGCAAGCGCUGGCUCCCGAAGAUCAAGUCCAUGCUGCCCGAAGGGAUGGAGAUGUACCGUUCCGUCAUGGGUUCGACAGCCACCAACGUCCUGCUGGACCCUGAGUUCCAGCCUUCCGCCGCUCAGAUGUUCGAGCAACGCAUCUAUGCAGAGAGGAGGAGUGAUUCUGGGACUAUUGUGGCCCUGAGAACUAACACGGUGACUGUCGAUCAGAGCAACGGGACCGGCCCCUUGUUCGAGCCGAGCGAGGAUGGGGAAGGGGCCGGCUCGGUCAUCCAGGAGUCCGCUGGCCCAGAAGCAAUGGCUUCCGAUGCCCAAAGCACCUCACAGCCCUUCGAAGAAGGAUCGGGGUCCCCCAGCCGGCCGGAAACCCCAGCGGGGCGGCAGGAGGCGGCCUACGGGGGCACCUUAUGAACAAGGCGGGAGAGUGCCGGGCGCCGCUCUCCGGAAGGAUCUGUAAUGCUAAAGCUGCUUGCAUGUGUAUUAAUUGCAAAAGAAAACAAAAUGUGAUCAAACGAUUUACCUA